UUCACUUUUACAUUACGUAUCUCUUUUCAUCUUAACAGAGCUCUAGCGUACAAUGCUGCGCAACACAAGCCAAAAACCCAAAUGUACACCUAUAACAGACGACUAUGAGAUUUCUUCCCGUAUUCUCGGUUUGGGGCUCAAUGGAAAGGUCGUGCAGUGUAUUCAUCGAAGUUCUGGUGAUAAAUUUGCUUUGAAGGUACUCCACGAUAAUCCAAAGUCGCGUCGUGAGGUAGAGUUGCAUUGGCGCGCCAGUGGUUGCCGUCACAUUGUAUCAAUUAGAGACGUGUACGAGAACACGUAUGUUGGCGCAAGCUGCCUUCUGGUUGUGAUGGAGUGUAUGGAGGGUGGUGAGUUAUUCCAGCGCAUACAAGAUCGCCAAGAUACACCUUUCACGGAGCGUGAAGCAGCACAGAUAAUGCACGAGAUCUGCUUCGCGGUGCAUCAUUUGCACAGCAUGAAUAUUGCACAUAGGGAUUUGAAACCUGAGAAUUUGCUCUACAGUGCCGCAUCCUCGAACGGAGUGUUAAAACUUACAGACUUUGGGUUCGCCAAAGAAACUUCUGCUAAAGACACUCUGCAGACACCGUGCUAUACACCUUACUACGUUGCUCCAGAAGUUCUAGGGCCUGAGAAGUACGACAAGAGCUGUGACAUAUGGUCUCUGGGUGUAAUAAUGUAUAUACUUUUAUGUGGAUAUCCUCCUUUCUACAGCAGCAAUGGUCUCGCUAUAUCACCGGGUAUGAAAAAACGAAUACGCACAGGCCAAUACGAAUUCCCCAGCACUGAAUGGGCAAAUGUGAGCCAGUCAGCAAAGGAUCUGAUUCGAGCUAUGUUGAAUGUCAACCCUAUGCACCGACUCACUAUCGAGCAAUUGAUCAAGAACUCAUGGAUAGCGCAAUAUACACAGGUUCCCCAGACACCGUUGCACACUGGCCGUGUUUUACACGAGAGUGAAGAGCAGUGGCCAGAGGUCCAGGAAGAAAUGAUGCGAUCUCUUGCAACUAUGCGCGUUGAUUACGAUCAAAUGAAAAUCAAAUCUCUGGACAAUUCCAGCAAUGCUCUGUUGAAUAAACGUCGCCAGAAGGACGUCCCACAGAAUUAGAAGCACAAGUGAGGACUAGGUGUUUGGCAAUAUUGAACUGAGCAACAGAGGCGUUAGAAUGUAGGGAUUAAUGUGGCAGUUAAUAAUGAAGUAAAAACUACGAGGUCUUUUCUGAGGUA